UCAGUUCAAAAACAAACAGACUUUAUUAGAACAGUCCAAACUAAAGGACUUUGGGGGUUAGUAAACAACACAAGCAUUUGUUAUCUGGUUGGUCCGAACGAGUGGCUGAGGAAGGAGGACUUUGCCAAGGUGCUGGAGGUCAACUUGCUUGGGCCGAUUGACGUGACACUCCAGAUGCUGCCCCUGGUGAGGAGAGCCAGUGGGAGAGUGGUCAACUUGUCUAGUGUGUUGGGAAGACUCGCAAUCCCCGGAGGCGGGUAUUGCCUCUCCAAGUUUGCUGUGGAAGCCUUCUCAGACACUUUAAGGCGAGAGCUUUUUCUUUUCGGAAUCAGAACCAGCAUCAUUGAACUUGGGGGCUUUGCCACAGAUCUAAUCAAUAACUCAAAACAGCACUUACAGAGUGUAUCCAGCCGAAUACCUCCACACAUCAAAGAAUCUUAUGGACAACAAUACCUGGAUAACUUCCUGAACAUUUUGAAAAAGAUCAAUCUGAUGAAGACAAACAAUAUGGAGCUCUAUUUGGUCACCAAUUGCAUAGAACAUGCUUUGACAUCUCACUAUCCUCGUACCCGUUACUUGGCUGGCUGGGAUGCAAAACUCCUUUACCUGCCUGCCUCUUAUUUGCCAAGUGCAAUAACAGAUUACUUUGUAGGUAUUUGUGUUUCAAAGCCAGCACAAGCCAUGUAA